AUGGACGGCGCCCAGAUUCGAAUUGAUGUCGGCGGAACGUUUUACGCCUCCACAUGCGUUCUACUAGCGGAGUUUUGGGGUAUCUCCCUUGACCAACUUCAUAACUGGCACCCUUCCCUUGAUAUAACCUCCCGUCAGUGCAUGCCCGAGGCCGAGUUUCGCCACGACAACGGUUACUACUACUACUACUACUACUACUACUACUACUACUACUACUACUACUACUACUACUACUACUACUACUACUACUACUACUACUACUACUACUACUACUACUACUACUACUACUACUACUACGUCCUCUGGAGGCCCUCCGGGUCCAACCCAACCGGGUAUUCCAAGCUCCUGUAA